AUGAAGCCAGGCGUCCUAUUAUCAGUCAUUCUGGCACUCGCUAUACUAAGCGCCAGCCCUGCAACUGCGUCAGCCUCAACUCCUUCCCAAGAAGCCUUGUCCAAGCCUCCUCGGAAGACAGAUCCCAGAAAAUGCGACUGUUUCACAGUCACUGGUCCAGAUCCGGGGUACUUCCAGCACUACAAGCUCUGGGACUUUCGCUCUGUUCCAUUGGCUAAACAGGCUGAUGUGGACUUCUCGGAAUUUGAGGAUGAUGAACUAGACCAGUUGGCAGACGGGAAGAAUGAUUACGAUGAAGACGAUGAUGAUGCCGACGAUGAUGACGGGGAUGAUGGGAACGAGGACGAUGAUGGAAGUGAUCAGGAUGACAAUGACCAACACGAUGUCCUCUGGUUCUUCGAAACCGCCUUCGACAAGGACUGGAUGAGCCAGAGAUGGCAGCGCCCUCGCACUGAUGAGGCUCCAAUCCCCAUGGUCAACUCCAAGCACAACGUCUUCUUCACCAGGAACCGGCAAGUACUGCACAGAUUCGCGACAUAUCUGGUCAUGCGCACCACCCGCCGUUGGAACUAUACUUCGACAUCCGAAAUCGAGACCAAGGUCCGGAGUAUCUUCCACUGUUCCCUUCGGGUUCGACUUCGCGUUCUUCCAUCCAACCUGUACGUGUCACUGCCUGAAAGUGUUUCCAGGGGUAACCAGAGUGUCGCGUUCAAUGAAACCGCCAGUUUGAAAGAGGCCAAGCCACACCCCGGUGCCUGCGUCGGCAUCUUCACGUAUCGCGCCCACAACUGCGAGUCGGAUAUCGAAAUCCUCACAAAGGACCCUCCAUACCGCGUUCACUACGCCAACCAACCAGACUACGAUGCCGUCAAAGACGCCAUGAUCCCUGGAGCGAGCACGGUUGCAGAUCUCCCCGUGCACUGGACAACCUGGUCUACACACCGUCUCGACUGGCUCUCCGGUAUCUCUCGCUGGUGGGUGGACAACAAGCCCCAGGAUGCGAAGACAUACCGCGUACCUGAUCUCCCCAGUAGACUAGUGGUGAACCUGUGGAGCGAUGGCGGUGCCUGGACAGGCGAUAUGCGAUACGACGAAAGUGUCCUUCUAGCCAUCGAUUACAUCGAGCUGGCAUACAAUGUAUCUGCUGGUAGCUCGCAGCACUUCGAGAUUCCUCCAUCCGAACAACACGGCGCACAUCAAAAUUCCACAACAAAUAUUUCCAUCCCCGACGUUGACGGCUUGCGAGAUGAAUUCUCGGAACCAGGGGCGGAAAUCAUCGAUGGCUCGAUGAUGAAGAAAUGCAAAAAGGGCCGGAAGGGACGAAAGUGCAGGAAGAAUCGGAAGAAGAAACAUAGCAAGCAUGGCAAGAAGCCGAAACACCCUCCUCAUAGAGGCUCGUCUUCGCGGUGUGAGCGUGCGUGUAACAUUGAUGACCUUCGUUUUGCGAAUGGUGGGCUUCGUCGUUGA